AUGAGUCAAUCAACAGAUGGAGAGUUUGAUAUUCAAUUUCUUGCUAUUAAUCAAUUGGCAUAUACUUUAUCCAAACUACAACCAACCAAUCAGGAUACUCAUACUCGCCAUCACAUCCAAUUCACAAAUCUAUCCUUAAAAUGUCUUUCAUUAAUGGAUAAAUAUCAAGCACUUCAUCCCUUUCAUACGUAUCUAAUCGAUUAUCUAAAUUCACAACAUAUACCCCACAAUUACGAUUCUCAAUGGAUCACCAAAUUAGAAUCGAAUUCCCAAUCAAUCCAAUCUCAAGCCCAAAAGAAAUGUCAACAAUUAGUAGUUGAAGAAACCGAAGGAUUAGAUCCUGCCAAUUGUAUUGAUUUCUUUAAGAUAACAAGACAAGCAGUUAUCGUAUCAUUAAUUCAAACGCAAUAUCAAGAUGCUAUUCAAUUGUUGAAUAAUUAUGCUACUGUUGUUCAAUUCUCAACACAACCUUCAACUUGUGAAGCAUUGACUAAUAAUCGUUAUGUUGAGUUUUUGUUUUUACAAUAUGUGGUUAAUGUAUUCCAUUUGAUUUGGUUCCCAUUGGAUGAUAAUAAGUUUAGUACUUCUUCAAGUGGAGUAUAUCUCAAAGAUGCAGGAGCUGCUGGUGAUAAUAAAUUAUUAUUAUCCAGUAAUUCAUUCAAACCAAUUGAUACAAUAUUCAAAAAAGUAUCUAUUUAUUACACUAAGAAUGAAACCAUAUUUUCGAGAUUAGAAGAAGAUCCUCAUUCAAAUAUGGAUGAAUUACAUUAUUAUUGGAUAAUUAGAUUCUUGAAUCUAUGUAUGUUAUUCAAACAAUUCAAAUUUAUGGAAUUUUAUCAAGAAUUCACUUCAUUGUUCAUAAAUUAUCAUCACCAUCAUCAUCUCCACACAAGUUCUGGAUUAACCCCGUUGAAAUAUUUAAUUACUGAUACUUCAAUCUUGAAAUCAAAUAUAUUGACUAUGUUUGCAAUUGUUUCGAUAUUCUUGAAGCCGUUCUAUACAUUAUCCCUAAUUGAUAUUUGUCCAGAUGCAGAUUUAAUAAUUGAUUUAUUUAAUGAAAAUGAAGACAGUCUUGAAUAUAAAAUAUAUAACCAAGUAUUAAUCCCAUUAUCAAACCGAGAAACCGAAAAAGUAUACUUUGAAUUAAAUAAAAACCAAUCACUUAUUGAAACCCUUGUUGCUUAUUUAGAAUAUAACCUUCCAGUAUCGGUGUCAAGAUUUAGUAGUUUCUCAUUUAUUGAAUAUAUGAAAUCAAUUAUUGAUUUUAAGAAUUUUAUGGUUAUAAUAUCGUCUACUAAAGAAAUCCCAAUCACCAGAGUUUGUAGUCUAUUAGGAUAUGAUUCAUCAGAUGGGGAGAUUGUGGCACAAAUAACUAAUAAUUUGAUUUGUUGUAUAUCCGCCUUGGGAUUAAAUAAGAGUGGGAUAACCUAUAUUGCAUCACAAGGAGUAUUUAUCCAUUCGGAACCAGAUCAAGAAUUACCUACAUUAGAAUUACAAGAUAAAAUAGAAGAAUUGAAUCAUGAUUUAAAGGGAAACGCAAUGGCAAGUAUAAUGAAAAACAUCUUGGUUGAAAAGUUCUUCAAUUAA